AUGCCGCCUCCCAUCGACCCGGAAACUAUUUACACUAAACAAACUUGCAUCGGCGGUGGAAGCUUCGGUAAGGUGUUCAAAGGUCUAGAUAGACGCACUGGAGAGUCAGUGGCUAUCAAAAUCAUUGACGUCGAGAAUGCUGAGGACGAUGUCGACGAUAUCAUCAAGGAGAUUGCGAUUUUGUCCGAGCUGAAGUCUCCCUAUGUUACCAAGUAUCAUGGCUCAUACCUGAAGGGGUCCAACCUGUGGAUCAUCAUGGAGUUCUGCGCUGGUGGUAGUUGCCACGGUAUCUUGCGACCUGGGGUGAUCCACGAGGAGUACAUUGCCAUUAUUCUGAGGGAGCUUCUGCGCGGGCUGGACUAUCUCCACAGUGACCAGAAGCUGCACCGAGACAUCAAAGCUGCCAACAUUCUUCUCAGCGCGAGUGGUCAAGUUAAGUUGGCGGACUUUGGCGUGUCGGGACAACUGUCGGCAACAAUGACCAAGAAGAAUACCUUCGUAGGCACUCCGUUCUGGAUGGCUCCCGAAGUCAUCAAGCAAUCUGGAUACGAUUACAAGGCCGAUAUUUGGUCCUUGGGUAUUACGGCAAUUGAACUGGCCUGUGGUGAUCCUCCGUAUGCCGACAUUCACCCAAUGAAGGUGCUGUUCUUGAUUCCCAAGAACCCGCCCCCCACCUUGGUAGGCGAUUUUAGUAAGCCUUUCAAGCAGUUUGUUGAAUUGUGCUUGCGCCGAGACCCUAAGGAGCGGCCAUCAGCCAAGGAGCUCCUUGAGCAUCCGUUCGUGAAGCGUGCCAAAAGAACAACCUACCUAACAGAACUCAUUGAGCGCGCAGAGCGUUGGCAAAUAACUCAUCGGGGUCAAGACGACGAGGACGAAUAUGAUGAUUAUGACGAUAGGGAAGCCGAUCAAACAGCAAAUGCCAGAACCCAGGAAAAAGAAGACCUUUGGGAUUUCGGGACCGCUCUGACACCAACGCGCGAACAAAUGAGACAGAGGAGUGGGAUUUGUGUGAUGCGGCACCCCGACAAGCCGGAGCACCCCAACCCCCGUCGCACGCUCAAGUAA